CCAAUAUUGCCGGGUUCAAUAUAACAAAAGACUUCAAUAUCGUCCUAAUUUUGACUCAGAUUAUGGAAAUGGAGAUCGCUUAAGGUAUAAAAUGAAUAAUUUUUUCCUAGUCAAAAGAGACCACAAAAAUGUUAUCACUAUGCGCAAAGAAUGGGCAUUAUCGGAACCUCCCAAAUUCGACAUUCUGCCUCCACCUUCCUUUUUCGCCGAACAUUGUCUUGAAGAAGCUCUUAUUAAACCAAUAGACUUACUAAAUUCUCAUUCAGUCAGCUCUAAAUGUUCGAGACCUUAUUCGAUGAAUCCUCGAAAUGAAAUCAGCCCUGGAAUCUAUGAUAAUAAUUUUAGAAAUAAGGAUUUGUUACUAGCUUUCAAUAGUCUAUAUAAAGAUGAACACAGUAAAAACGGUAAUAAUUUUAGCUGGAUAUCUUCUUCUUCCAUUAGCCUCGCUGAUGAUGAUGUUAAAGGGGGUUACCGAAAGUAUGACGAUUUAAUGAAAUACAAGCAGGGCGGACAUGAUUGGAUGAGUGAUAGUGAUGCUAAUGCCAAAGUUGUAGAGAUGGAUGUUUCUGUAGGUUUUUGGGUGACAAUAGUGGUAUCAUCUCUAUUUUUGGCCUCCUUGCUUUUCCUCGUAUUUCUAACCGGAUAUUUCAUUUAUAAAAAAAAUCAAAAACAGCUUAAAUGUGUCGGAUUUAAAAAAGAUUCUUGCUUGAUCUACAAGAAUACUGAUAAUUUGAUCAACAAAAAAACUAAUCAUUUAGACAAUUUGGAAUUGAGUAAUAGUUUACUGGAAGAUAAUCGAAAUCAUCAAUGCAUAGUGGUUCCAGUCCAGAAAAUAUCUCAAACACAAAACACUAAUCUUCCUUGGAACCUUCUAUGUGCGAAUAAAACCCAAGGAGUAGAAUCUGAAAAAAAUGAUAAAUUUUAUUAUUAUUACAAUAUCAACCAGCAACAGAAUAGGUGGUGGAAUAAAUAUCAACAUAAGAAUGAAAAUACUUUUUCCAAAGAAACAGAACCGACUUAUAUUAUAGUGCCUAUGACCACAAAUGAUCCUAACACAAAUAAUCUAAAUAGACGAAGACUGUCCGCCUAUAAUGAUUAUUCCAAGGAUUUUCACAAUGAUUCUAAAACGUAUUCUUUUCAAUAUCACACAAUGCAAUAUCCUGUCAAAUCAAAGCUUCAUAGCAAUAAUAAUAUUAAAAGAUAUGAGGCAUACAAUCAAUUAAUGGAGCAUGGGGCUAUAGUUGAAGACGUUCCUAAGUUAAUUGAAGAUGAAAAUGUAUCCCAAAAAUUUGUUUCAGAGCUUCACAUUAAUAGGAAUAUGGCACAAUCUCACCUUAACAUAACAAAUAAUGAUAAAAAAAAUGCAAUAAAUAAUCUUCCCGACCUAACAGAUUGCCAUUAUUCUGGAAACUAUCCACCCAUAGACUGUUAUAAAUAUCUGAGACUAUUUCGAUAUCAUCAAGACCAUAUCUCACGCGAAGAUAAUAAUGUUAAAUUAAAUGACAUAUUUAAAGAAAGAUACGAUAUAUUCCCCGAACAUAAUUCAUCAGCGGAAACUAAGCCUGAUUAUAUUUUACAAGAGAAAAAAACAUAAAUGUUGUAGACACCGCUUACCAUGGGCAGGCUCUAUAAACGUAUGAUAACCUUAUAGAAAUUAG